UACUUCUCUUAUGUAUGUUGUUGAAAGAAUUCACUUGAAUUAAGCACCCAAAAAAUGACUUCUUUUGUGCUGAUUUAGUGACAAUUCAUAUACAGAAAUGAAAUAUCCAAAACAGGUUCUUGAAAACUAGUUCAACAGUUGUUUUUCUGAAGACCCCAUAAUUUGGUUCUUGAAAUCUUAGCUGAUUUUGUGAAAAUUUGUAUACAUAGCAUUUGAUGAUUAGUUUAGCUAUUGGUUGGCUUUGCUUUUUGAGCUGACACGAAAACAAUUACUGACAGAAACAUAUGUCGAGAGAUUUUGUUCAAUCCACUUCAAGGCUGUGUUCUGGGGGGAGAUUGUUUCCACUUGUUGUAGGGUGCCUUCUUUUGCUUCAUUUUUUCUCCUUUGCUCAUCAAAGAAAUGCGCGAAGUUGGGAGACACACUUAAGUACAAGCCAGCGCACACAGUUUCAUGUACUUGAAAAGGUUGAGGAGGAGAAUAUACAGCUUCCACAACCCAGGAAGCGGUCCCCACGUGCUUCCAAACGGACAAAACCUAAACGAGCAGCCACCUUGAUCGAUGAAUUCCUUGACGAGUCUUCGCAGCUAAGGCAUAUGUUUUUCCCUGAUCAGAGGACCACUGUGGAUCCGAGGAAGGAUUACGGGAACGAUACCAAUUAUUACCAGCCAGGAAGAAUGUGGUUGGAUACAGAGGGAAACCCUAUACAAGCUCAUGGGGGAGGCGUUCUUUAUGAUGCGAGGAAAAAAAUGUAUUAUUGGUAUGGAGAGUAUAAAGAUGGCCCCACUUACCAUACUCACAAAAAAGGAGCAGCAAGGGUUGAUGUCAUUGGUGUCGGUUGCUAUUCAUCAAAAGAUUUAUGGACUUGGAAAAAUGAAGGCAUUGUUUUAGCAGCCGAAGAAAAAAAUCAGACGCAUGAUUUAUACAAAUCGAAUGUGCUAGAGCGGCCCAAAGUAAUUCACAAUGAGAAGACAGGUAAAUACGUAAUGUGGAUGCAUAUAGACGAUGCGAACUAUACCAAAGCUUCUGUGGGUGUUGCCAUUAGUGACUUGCCCACUGGCCCCUUUCAUUAUUUGUAUAGCAAACGGCCUCAUGGAUAUGAUAGCAGAGACAUGACACUAUUCAAAGACGAUGAUGGUGUAGCAUAUUUGAUUUACUCAUCGGAACACAACAAAGACCUUCAUAUUGGUCCACUUAACGAAGAAUAUAUAGAUGUGACGCAGAGCGUGAAAAAGAUUCUUAUCGCACAACACAGGGAAGCACCUGCUCUAUUUAAACAUCAGGGGACAUAUUACAUGAUCACAUCCGGCUGCACUAGUUGGUCUCCAAACGAAGCCCUUGCUCAUGCAUCCGAAUCAAUUAUGGGGCCAUGGGAGACUAUUGGAAACCCAUGCAUAGGCGGGAACAAAGUUUUUCGACUAACUACUUUCUUUGCUCAGAGUACAUUUGUGGUUCCUUUGUCCGGGCUACCUGGUCUCUUUAUUUUUAUGGCGGAUAGGUGGAAUCCGGCUGACUUGAAGGAUUCUAGGUAUGUGUGGCUACCGUUAAUAGUUGGCAGGCCUUUAGACCGUCCGCCAGAGUACAAUUUCGGGUUCCCUUUGUGGUCUAGAGUGUCUAUAUAUUGGCAUAAGAAAUGGAGACUUCCUUAUAGGUAGCAGUGAAUGUAAAUAGGGGUUUUAAACUCUGAUUUCUUUGUAAAAUAUGUUCUCUUUGUUGUUUUUUCGAGUGUUCUUUCACAGCAUGUGUUGUAGUUAUUAAUGUUGAUUUUUGAAAAAGAUCAUCAUUGGUGUAAAUUUCUAGAGUUUGAGCUACUGAACCCAAUAUUCAUUCUUUGUAAUAUAUACAUUGUAAUUUCUUGA